AUGGAGGGGGUCUCCGUCGUAAUGAACGGGCUCGGGAAGGAGGAGGACAUCGCCGACGCAUUGGCAUCUGUCCGUGAGCGAGCAGCAGCAUUCGAUCAGUUUGCGGCUAAGAACAAGAUCACAGAGAGCAACUUCGGCCGCAUCAUCAACAUUGCCUCGGUCCAUGGCUUGGUGGCCAGCGCAAACAAAUCUGCCUACGUCGCCGCCAAGCACGGCGUCCUGGGCCUCACCAAAGUCACGGCCCUGGAGACGGCCAGGGAAGCCAACCUCACUUGCAACGCUGUGUGCCCGGCCUGGGUUCUGACGCCACUCGUUGAGGCUCAGGUACAGGCCCGAGCGACGGCGGAGGGUAUCUCGGUUGAGGAGGCCAAGGGCCUGCUGAUUGGCGAGAAGAUGCCCACGAAGGACUUCGUGGCUGCGGAGGAAAUCGGCAGAGCCUGCGCUUAUUUCUGCGACCCCGAGAACAAGGGGAGCACGGGAACCAUCCUUACCGUGGAUGGUGGCUGGAUCAGUCAGUAA